AUCCCCAACAGAGGAACUAACCAUAGCCAGUAAUUACACAUGUAAGCAGCGACUAUGAUAAUUGGUAACAAGAGCAUAACUCUGAGCCCUCCUACACAAGAUAGCUCCACGACUAUAAAAGCAAGCCUCACAACUACGAGAUUUCGAUUCCCAUGACUACAAAGGAGACAGAAGUGUCUGAGGUGCCUGAGGUGCCUGAGGUCCAGCACCACGACACUAACAGUAUCAGAGAUGAUGAGUCAGAAUUGGAUGUAGUAGAUCAUAAGUCACCAGGAGAUGUACCAUCACGAUACCUCAAUCUUGAAUUUACUGCAACCUUCCACGAGCACAAGAAAACUAGUUUGAUCAAGCCAGUGCAUGCAGUUCUCGGAAUAAUCUACAAGUGGAUAAAGAUCAUCACCUAUCAUAUCUUUGUCUUUGUGAUUGGUAUUCCACUAAUGAUAAUCUGGGCUCUGCUAAAUGGCAUAAUGGCAUUCAUCUACUCGUGGAUUUGGAGCCCUACUCUCCGUAUCACUAUCUUCUGGAUUGCAGCUAUACUACCCCUGGUUACCAUGCCACUGGUGACCAUCUUCAGGCCUUUGAUAGAUGUGGCAGCUCGCUGCCUCAGCAAGAUUCGUUGCAAAGCAGGCGUCGAUGGAAAAGGAUUUGUGCAGAAUGCCGUGCAGAACGUCUAAGAAUUACUCCAACUGACAAUUAAAAAACUAACAAUUAGGGUAGGUAUAUACAUGUAGUAUACUAGAAUUAAGCUAGCAAAGAAUCCUUUUUAUAGCCAUAUAUACAUGUAUACUGUUUAUAGGUAUUAUACUUUCAUAUGUGAA